ACAGACAGGUCACUAAUAUGGGGGGAGGGGACAUUUUAGGUAAAUAGGCUGCCAGGGAUGGUGGGGAACACAGUUGGUGGAGGGGUAGGACCUGUGAUGAUGUCAUUAUCAUGUGACCAGGACGUGUGGGGGCGGAGCUCAGCAGGAAAGAAGAGAUUGAGGUUGAAGGACCUGAGAGGAUGGUCAUGUGACUGGAGUGGGCGGGGCUAAGCAGUGUAGUAUAGAAGUCGUUAUGGAUGGAGAGUUGUGAUGAGAUUACAUUGUAUCCUAUGUGUCCCCAGUAAUAAGGACUAUCCCCUCCAGCUGACCCAGUUGUCUCCUCUUCUCCUGAAUGAUCCCCCAAGGAUGGACAAGGACAGGAAUGAGAUGACUAAGAGAAUAUUACACUUCACCUUGGAGAUCCUCCACCUGCUGACCGGAGAGGAUUACACCAUAGUGAAGAAGACAUGGGGGGAGUGUGUGGCCCCCAGCAGCCAUCUCCAUGAGUCAGGAGGACGGAGCAGGGCCCGGGGCCCCAUCACAGAGCCUCCACCUCACUCACUGAUACAUGAGGAGAAGAUCCUAGAAUUCAUCCACAAGAUCACUGAGCUGCUGACUGGAGAGGUUCCUAUAAGGUGUCAGGAUGUGGCGGUCUAUUUCUCCAUGGAGGAGUGGGAGUAUGUAGAAGGACACAAGGAUCUGUACCAGGACAUAGUCAUUAUGGAGGAUCACCGGCCCCUCACAUCACAAGAUGGAGUCAUUGAUAGAAAUCCACCCGAGAGGUGUCCCCGCCCUCUGUAUUCCCAGGACUGUCCAGAGGGAAAUGUCCCAGAGAAGCAUCAGGGGGGAGAUCUGACUAAUAAUAAAGUGGAGGAUGAAGAAGAGAGGAUGAGGGGCCAUCACCCGUGUAUGAGGGAAGUGAAGGAGGAAAUUCCAGGAGGUGUUACCCCAGAAAAUCCCAGUAAGAAUUCUGAGGGAAACUUCAUGUUAUCCCUGAAUGAUAAAGGAGAAGAUGAAGAUAUGAUGGAGCGCUCCUCAGGAGAAGACCUCCUUACCCCUAAUGUCCAUCCAGAUCUAUCCUGUAAUAAUCCACCUGAUCAUGAGGAACCUUAUUAUCAAUCACACAUUGUUACCACAAGGACAGGUCAGCAAGACAGUAAAAAAAUUCAAUGUGACGAAUGUGGUAAACAGUUUACAAGAAGAUGGAGUCUUUUUACGCACCGAAGAAUUCACACAGGAGAGAAGCCGUAUUCAUGUUUAGAAUGUGGGAAAAGUUUUGCAAAAAAAUCUAACCUCGUCAUGCAUGCAAAAAGUCACACGGGAGAGAAGCCAUACUCCUGUUCAGAAUGUGGGAAAUGUUUUGCACACAAAUCACAUCUGGUUAUACACGAGAGAGUUCACACUGGAGAGAAGCCGUAUUCGUGUUCAGAAUGUGGGAAACGUUUUACAGGAAAAUCGCAUCUUGUCAGGCACGAGAGAAGUCACACGGGAGUGAAGCCGUAUUCGUGUUCGGAAUGUGGGAAACGUUUCACCGAUAGAUCGCAUCUUAUUAGACACGGGAAAAGUCACAUGGGAGAGAAGCCGUAUUUGUAUCCGUGUUCAGAAUGCGAGAAAUGUUUCAUUACUAAAGUCAAACUAAGAAAUCACCAGAGAAGUCACAAAAGAGCUGUUACCGUAUUCCUAAAUUCACCCGUAUUCCAGGACAGUCCCGCGUGACUGCAAAAUGUAAAUUGAACCUUUAGUCAUGUGAUUGAACAUAACGCCAACGAAUUAAAUUAUUUACUUUUUUA